AGGGUUAAGGGUGACACUUUCCUUGCACUAAAGUAUGAAAUGCUUGUAAAUCCACCUUUGGGUAUUCCAGUCGGACCAGCCGUAAAAUUAGUAGAGUUUAUUAAUAAAAUUCACGGAGGUAAGCGAACUUCAUUCUCGCUCACACCGUGUCAUAUUCGCGAAUAUUUACUUAUUCUUGUGCUUUUCUUUCCUGCUUCUUAUCGUAAAAAACUACCCAAAAAACACAUUUACGUUAUCGUAGAGUCAACCGUUACCACCGAAUCCCCUAAUAAACGAAGAAAAUACGAUAACGAUGAUGAAAAACUGGGAAGGUUUUGGAAUGCUUUGAAGGAUGGGAAAGUUGAGAAGCAUGAUGGUGGCCAGUUCCUUGA